GGCAAAAGUUCACCCAAAAAUGCUGAAAGGAGUGCUGAUUAUUUUAGCCAUUCUGGCCUUAACGGAGGGAAAGGACGAGUUUGAUCCUUUCAUAGACAUUCCCUUUAAGCGAAUCAAGACUUCGGCGGAGCGCAUCGAGGCGCAUGGCUACCCGGCCGAAUCGCACUAUGCGGAGACCCCCGAUGGCUAUGUGCUCAACCUGUUCCGCAUCCCGUACUCCCCGAAGCUGGGCAGCGCCCAACCGGGGGAAUCCCCGGUCCGGCCGGCGGUGCUCAUCAUGCACGGGCUGUUCAGCUGCUCCGAUUGCUUCCUGCUCAAUGGUCCGGAAUCGGCGCUGCCGUUCAACUACGCGGAUGCCGGCUACGAUGUCUGGCUGGGCAAUGCCCGUGGCAACAUCUACUCGCGGAACAACACCAGGCUGAGUGUGAAGCACCCGAACUUCUGGAGGUUCAGCUGGCACGAGAUCGGUUCCAUCGACCUGCCCACCACGAUCGACUACAUCCUGGAGGUCACGGGGCAGACCUCCCUCCACUACGUGGGUCACUCGCAGGGAUGCACCUCCUUCUUCGUGAUGGGCUCCUUCCGGCCGGAGUACAAUGCCAAGAUCAGGACGGCCCACAUGUUGGCCCCUCCGGUUUACAUGGGCAACACCACGGAGGGGCUGAUCGUGGCCACGGCUCCCUACUUCGGACACCACGGAGUGGGCUCUACGCUCCUGGAGAACCAGGUCCUGCUGCCACAGAACCACUUCAUCCAGAGGAUACUGGAUACCCUCUGCAGCAAUCAGCCCAUCAUGCUGAGCUACUGCAAGACCUUGGCAAUGCUUUGGGGAGGUCCUGAAAUCGGAAACCUUAAUCAGACCCUCCUUCCGCAAAUUGCCGAAACACAUCCCGCUGGAGUUUCCACCAACCAGGCGAUUCACUACAUCCAGUCCUUCGCCUCCAACGAUUUCCGUCUGUACGACUGGGGAAGCCGCAAGAACUUGGAGUACUACGGAGUGGAGGAUCCUCCGGCGUACGAUCUCUCCAAGAUCACCUCUGAGCUUUAUCUGUACUACGGGUUGUCGGAUGGCUCUGCUAACAAGAACGAUGUCUCCCGGUUGCCCGAUCUCCUGCCCAACUUGGCUCUGCUGCACGAGGUUCCCGAUCCCACCUGGGGGCACUUGGACUUUAUAUUUGCCACCGAGGUGAAAAAGGUGAUCAACGACAUGGUGCUGGAUUACAGUUUAGCCUACGAUGAAAGGGAAUCUAAUAAAUAACUA